UCCCUAAUAAGUUUUAUAGCUCUAAAGCCAAAAAUUAGUGGAAUCUUCUGUCUUUGUGUAUUCCUUCACCUAAUCUCUCUCAUCCUUCUUUAUCGGUCAACACUUUCUCAAACUCUCUAAUCAGAAAAAAUGGAAGCAGUAACGGCGAUAAAGCCAUUAAUCAGAGUCGCUGCUCUCUCCGGUUCCCUCCGUAAAACCUCUUUCAACACUGGUCUCCUCCGUGCAGCGAUUGAUUUAACGAAAGAAUCGGUUCCGGGAAUUCAAAUUGAGUAUAUUGAUAUAUCUCCGUUACCGUUGAUUAACGCGGAUCUUGAAGUCAACGGUACUUAUCCUCCGGUUGUUGAAGCUUUCCGGCAGAAGAUUCUUGAAGCUGAUAGUAUCUUGUUUGCUUCUCCUGAGUACAAUUUCUCUGUUUCAGCUCCACUUAAGAAUGCUCUUGACUGGGCUUCAAGAGCACCUAAUGUUUGGGCUGACAAACCCGCUGCUGUUAUAAGCACCGGUGGAGGUUUUGGUGGAGGAAGAUCACAAUAUCAUCUUCGACAAAUUGGAGUAUUCCUUGAUCUUCAUUUCAUCAACAAACCCGAGUUUACUCUCAAUGCGUUUCAGCCGCCUCAGAAAUUCGAUGCAGAAGGAAACCUAGUCGAUGAAGCAGCUAAGGAGAGGUUGAAACAAGUCCUUCUCUCGUUACAAGCAUUUACCUUACGACUUCAAGGUAAGUAAGUUAAGUGGGUUAAAUCUCUGAGCAUUUGUGAGAUCGGUCGUGUGAUGAAAAUAAUGCCAAUUGUUGUGAUAAUAAACAGUGUUUCUAUUUCUCAUUCAUAUUGUAUACAUGAUACAUGUAUGUUUAUUAAUCGAGUGAUGAUAUUUGUUUUGUCCAAGAAACGGUAUUUUGAACCUAAAA